AUGAACUACAUUCGUGGUGCGGUCAAUGUCAUUAGCGCACCAUAUCAAUAUUACAAGGAACUCCCUCCAAUAAACCCUUCAACUUUGACUGGCGCCAUCGAUGUCAUCGUAAUACAGCGACCGACCGACGACGGAGGUACGGAACUUGCUUGCUCUCCCUUCCAUGUCCGCUUCGGAAAAUGGCAGGUCCUCAGACCAGGGGAAAAGAAGGUCAACGUCUUUGUUAACGGAAACCCCAUUCCGUUUAAUAUGAAGAUCGGCGACGCUGGCGAAGCCUUCUUCGUCUUUGAAACGGACGAUGACAUUCCUGCAGACCUCAUUACCAGUCCCAUAAUUCAGCCUUCCGAUGUAUCGCCCGACAUAGUCUCUGACCAUUUCGUUUUGCAGCAAGAUUCGGGCAAGACUCCCGAUGGAUCCGGAGGCGAGGAACACGAGGAAGGGCAACUCCGAGAGGAGCCCGAAGCCCAAGAGCCCGAGUUUCUUGAUCUUGAUGCCCAUGUUGGGGGCAGUCAAUCAAGAUCAGGCGAGGAAGAGCCGGAGCAUAUGCAGCCGGUGAACACGACCCCGAAGCAGACCUAUACCAUUCCUGCGGCGCUAAGAAAGUCUGCUUCGCGUAACACUCUACGGCAGUCUACUCUUCCUUUGAGAUCACAUACAGAGGAGGAGCAGGAUAAACGCGCUGAUGAGGCUUUGAAGUUACUCAAUGGUCAAAUUCAUGUUCCAGAGGUCGAAUACGUAACACGCAAUGAUGGAUCCCCCUUGAUGGACGCUCUUGCACACUGGCGACAAGCCACCUUGAGCGAGCGCAAUACUGGUUAUUCCGUGCGUCAUGCAUCCCCCUCCUCUCUCGAAGAUCAGCCAGAAUCCUCAGACUCAGAAGUCGCCUUUGGCGAUGAGUUGCGUCCGUCGAUAUCGAGGAAGGAGAGACUGGCUGUCGAUGACCUUUCUCCUGCUCCUGGUUUCUCCCAAAUCACAGCUCCAAAACGCAAAUUUGCAAAGACGUUGAGGUUGACGUCAGAUCAACUUAAAUCUCUGAAUUUGCGUUCAGGAUCAAAUACGAUCACCUUCUCGUUAUCGGCUUCUGGGGCAGUUGCUGCUACAGCUAGGAUCUUUGUGUGGGACUCGACAGAUCAGGUAGUCAUUUCGGACAUUGAUGGAACAAUCACAAAAUCCGAUGGUUUGGGACAUGUGUUCGCUAUGAUUGGGCGGGACUGGACGCAUCUCGGUGUGGCCAAGCUCUACACAGAUAUUACUCGAAACGGAUACAAGAUUAUGUAUCUCACUUCUCGAGCGAUUGGCCAAGCAGACGCAACCCGCGAUUAUCUCAAGGGUAUCAAACAGAACAACUAUCAGCUUCCUGAAGGUCCUGUCAUUAUGAGUCCGGAUCGUCUAAUGGCUUCGUUGCACCGGCAAGUCAUUAUGCGGAAACCUGAAGUAUUCAAGAUGGCAUGUUUGCGUGAUAUUCAAAGGUUGUUUGGAGAGUCUGCCCGAAAGCCAUUUUACGCUGGUUUUGGAAACCGUAUUACAGACGCACUGUCAUAUAGAAGUGUGAACGUGCCCAGUGCGCGAAUCUUCACCAUCGACUCUACUGGUGAGGUGAAGAUGGAGUUGUUGGAGCUCGCUGGGUACAAGUCAUCGUACAUUCACAUGACUGACUUGGUGGAUCAAAUGUUUCCCCCCAUUCAUCGCAAGUGGACUCCGGAAUUUACGGAUUUCAAUUACUGGAAAGCUCCGGUA